CGGCCUGUUUCUGCACCACGUUUUUGGGAAAUCCUGUAGCUGUUAAACUCAACUCCAUCAUUUUUAUCUGGAAGCGCGAAUUUCUGAGGAAGUGAUGAGUGUUGAACACAGAGCAUUGUUCAGUCAGUCAGUCAUUACGGGGGCAGUAUGGAGUUCAGGUCACUCUCUGUAAUACUCUUGUUGAUUGCAAUCAUUCAUAGUGGGCAAACUGAAAAUGAAACAUUCCCACAGAGUUAUGACUACUCAGCAGAGCCAGACAAAAACAAUGACGGGGGCUCGUCAAACACGUGGGGUGAGUCAGCAACCCAAACAACAGAGCAUGUAUCUGAGAAACCAAAAGCUGUGGUGUCCAUACAGCCUGAUGAACAGGUGUUUAUAGGAGAGACCGUCACUCUCAGAUGUGUCAUACAGGGAGAAGGUGUCUCUAACUGGCAGUACAGCUGGUUUAAAGAUGAUUCAUCCACUCCUGUCAGUAAAGAACAGCAGUACAGUAUCAGCUCUGUUACAGAGUCUCACAGUGGAAAAUACACCUGUAGAGGAACAGAGAGAGGAACAUCACGCUACUCACACACCAGUGAUGCUGUUACACUGACUGUAUCAGAUCUACCCAAACCUACACUGACUGUAGAACCAGAGAGUCCUGUGUUCAGAGGAGAGUCAGUCACUCUGAAGUGUGAGAUUAACACUUAUGAUGGAUGGACGUAUCAGUGGUAUAAACAGGAUACAUGGAGUAGAUGGACUGCAGUGUCUCAGUCUGAGUAUUACACUGUAAACACAGACACUCUCACCAUCAGAGAAGAUGCUGUGAUUAAUGGAGAUCAGUAUCAGUGUAGAGGAGAGAGACAUAACAGACCAACAUCAUCACAGGACAGUGACUCUGUUACACUCACUGUAAAGGAGAGACCAAAAGCUGUGUUGUCCAUACAGCCUGAUGAAGAGGUGUUUAUAGGAGAGACCGUCACUCUCAGAUGUGUCAUACAGGGAGAAGGUGUCUCUAACUGGCAGUACCGCUGGUUUAAAGAUGAUUCAGACACUCCUGUCAGUAAUGAACAGCAGUACAGUAUCAGCUCUGUUACAGAGUCUCACAGAGGAAAAUACACCUGUAGAGGAACAGAGAGAGGAACAUCACGCUACUCACACACCAGUGAUGCUGUUACACUGACUGUAUCAGAUCUACCCAAAUCUACACUGACAGUAAAACCAGAGAGUCCUGUGUUCAGUGGAGAGUCAGUCACUCUGAAGUGUGAGAUUAACACUUAUGAUGGAUGGACGUAUCAGUGGUAUGAACAGGAUACAUGGAGUAGAUGGACUCCAGUGUCUCGGUCUGUGUAUUACACUGUAAACAGAGACUCUCUCACCAUCAGAGAAGAUGCUGUGAUUAAUGGAGAUCAGUAUCAGUGUAUAGGAGUGCGACAUUACAGACCAACAUUAUCACAGUACAGUAACUCUGUUACACUCACUGUAAAGGAGAGACCAAAAGCUGUGUUGUCCAUAAAGCCUGAUGAACAGGUGUUUAUAGGAGAGACCGUCACUCUCAGAUGUGUCAUACAGGGAGAAGGUGUCUCUAACUGGCAGUACAGCUGGUUUAAAGAUGAUUCAGACACUCCUGUCAGUAAUGAACAGCAGUACAGUAUCAGCUCUGUUACAGAGUCUCACAGAGGAAAAUACACCUGUAGAGGAACAGAGAGAGGAACAUCACGCUACUCACACACCAGUGAUGCUGUUACACUGACUGUAUCAGAUCUACCCAAAUCUACACUGACAGUAAAACCAGAGAGUCCUGUGUUCAGUGGAGAGUCAGUCACUCUGAAGUGUGAGAUUAACACUUAUGAUGGAUGGACGUAUCAGUGGUAUGAACAGGAUACAUGGAGUAGACGGACUCCAGUGUCUCGGUCUGUGUUUUACACUGUAAACAAAGACACUCUCACCAUCAGAGAAGAUGCUGUGAUUAAUGGAGAUCAGUAUCAGUGUAUAGGAGUGCGACAUUACAGACCAACAUUAUCACAGUACAGUAACUCUGUUACACUCACUGUAAAGGAGAGACCAAAAGCUGUGUUGUCCAUACAACCUGAUGAACAGGUGUUUAUAGGAGAGACUGUCACUCUCAGAUGUGUCAUACAGGGAGAAGGUGUCUCUAACUGGCAGUACAGCUGGUUUAAAGAUGAUUCAGACACUCCUGUCAGUAAUGAACAGCAGUACAGUAUCAGCUCUGUUACAGAGUCUCACAGAGGAAAAUACACCUGUAGAGGAACAGAGAGAGGAACAUCACGCUACUCACACACCAGUGAUGCUGUUACACUGACUGUAUCAGAUCUACCCAAAUCUACACUGACAGUAAAACCAGAGAGUCCUGUGUUCAGAGGAGAGUCAGUCACUCUGAAGUGUGAGAUUAUCACUUAUGAUGGAUGGACGUAUCAGUGGUAUAAACAGGAUACAUGGAGUAGAUGGACUCCAGUGUCUCGGUCUGUGUAUUACACUGUAAACAGAGACUCUCUCACCAUCAGAGAAGAUGCUGUGAAUAAUGGAGAUCAGUAUCAGUGUAUAGGAGUGCGACAUUACAGACCAACAUCAUCACAAUACAGUAACUCUGUUACACUCACUGUAAAGGAUAAACCCAAAUCUACACUGACAGUAAAACCAGAGAGUCCUGUGUUCAGAGGAGAGUCAGUCACUCUGAAGUGUGAGAUUAUCACUUAUGAUGGAUGGACAUAUAAGUGGUAUAAACAGGAUACAUGGCGUAGACGGACUCCAGUGUCUCGGUCUGUGUAUUACACUGUAAACAGAGACUCUCUCACCAUCAGAGAAGAUGCUGUGAAUAAUGGAGAUCAGUAUCAGUGUAUAGGAGUGCGACAUUACAGACCAACAUUAUCACAGUACAGUAACUCUGUUACACUCACUGUAAAGGAUAAACCCAAAUCUACACUGACAGUAAAACCAGAGAGUCCUGUGUUCAGAGGAGAGUCAGUCACUCUGAAGUGUGAGAUUAUCACUUAUGAUGGAUGGACAUAUAAGUGGUAUAAACAGGAUACAUGGCGUAGACGGACUCCAGUGUCUCGGUCUGUGUAUUACACUGUAAACAGAGACUCUCUCACCAUCAGAGAAGAUGCUGUGAAUAAUGGAGAUCAGUAUCAGUGUAUAGGAGUGCGACAUUACAGACCAACAUUAUCACAGUACAGUAACUCUGUUACACUCACUGUAAAGGAGAGACCAAAAGCUGUGUUGUCCAUACAACCUGAUGAACAGGUGUUUAUAGGAGAGACCGUCACUCUCAGAUGUGUCAUACAGGGAGAAGGUGUCUCUAACUGGCAGUACAGCUGGUUUAAAGAUGAUUCAGACACUCCUGUCAGUAAUGAACAGCAGUACAGUAUCAGCUCUGUUACAGAGUCUCACAGAGGAAAAUACACCUGUAGAGGAACAGUGAGAGGAACAUCACGCUACUCACACACCAGUGAUGCUGUUACACUGACUGUAUCAGAUCUACCCAAAUCUACACUGACAGUAAAACCAGACAGUCCUGUGUUCAGAGGAGAGUCAGUCACUCUGAAGUGUGAGAUUAUCACUUAUGAUGGAUGGACAUAUCAGUGGUAUAAACAGGAUACAUGGCGUAGACGGACUCCAGUGUCUCGGUCUGUGUAUUACACUGUAAACAAAGACACUCUCACCAUCAGAGAAGAUGCUGUGAAUAAUGGAGAUCAGUAUCAGUGUAUAGGAGUGCGACAUUACAGACCAACAUUAUCACAGUACAGUAACUCUGUUACACUCACUGUAAAGGCUUUACCCAGAGCUACACUGACUGUAGAACCCAAAUGGAGUCCUGUGUUCACUGGAGAGUCAGUCACUCUGAAGUGUGAGAUAGAGUCUUACAGUAACUGGAGAUAUCAGUGGUAUAAAGGCAGCAGCAGAACUGCAGUCUAUCAGUCUCAGACAAACACCUUCACCAUCAGAUCAGCAGCAGAUCAGGAUCAGUACUGGUGUAGAGGAGAGAGAGAUAACAGACCCUCAUCACAACACAGUGAUACUGUUACUCUUACAGUGGAAGAGGAACUUGAGGUUGAUGUAGAAGAGGAUGAUGUAGUGGAUGAAGAUGAGUCAGACCACUCUGAGUCUUGUAUGGAAGAGGACGGAUGGCUGGGGAUGGAGGAGGAAGAAGUGGGUGUUGGGCAUGCUUGGUGUGAAAGUUGCGGACACAAAUCAAAGAAAGCCAGUUCUUCGCCUCGUCGAGCGGAGGUCCAGAGGGGAACUCAUGCCACUCCUCACUCAAGGAGGGGAUCCACUAUCCUAAGUGAUGAGUGGUGUGCCUACUGGCUGGCUCUACCUCAGCUUGGCUACAGGCAUUACACAGUCAAUCACAAAAAACCUAAACCUGAACUCACAUCAAGCCAUACAGGAGCUACAGUGUUAGGAAAUCCAGUGUUUCUGUACUGUGAGCUGAAUCAGUCUGCUGGGUGGAAGUUUUACUGGUCCAAACACACACAGAACCCUGAGAAUGAGAUCAAGACUGAAACACACUCCUACAGCAUCAGCUCAGUUAGUGUCUCUGAUGGAGGACAGUACUGGUGCAGAGCUGGGAGAGGAAACCCAGUAUACUACACUAACUACAGUGAUGCUCUCUGGAUGAACACGACUGGUGUGUCUCAUCCAGUCUCUCUGGUGGUCAGUCCCAGCAGAACUCAACACUUUAUUACUGACUCUCUCUCACUGAGCUGUGAGGGACAGAGUAACUCUACUGGAUGGAGAGUGAGACGAUACACACACAGUGAGAAGGUGUCAGAUUGUUCAUCAGGCUGGGGAUCAGUUACAGGAUCUACAUGCAACAUCAGCUCCCUCUACACAUCCCACACUGGCAUGUACUGGUGUGAGUCUGAAUCUGGAGAGAGCAGUAAUCCUGUCAACAUCACAGUGCACAAUGGUUCUGUGAUUCUGGAGAGUCCUGUUCAUCCUGUGACUGAGGGAGAUCCUCUGACUCUGCGCUGUUUAUAUCGUGACCCAAAGCCCUCAAACCUCACAGUUGAAUUCUAUAAGAAUGGAUCACUCCUCCAGACUCAGACUACAGGAGAGAUGACCAUCCAUACUGUCUCCAAGUCAGAUGAAGGACUCUACCACUGUAAACACCCAGAGAAAGGAGAGUCACCACAGAGCUGGAUCUCAGUCAGAAGAUCUAAUCAUGUAACAGUAAUAUUGGUGGCGGUGGCACUGAGUUUGACCCUGUUCCUCAUUGUUAUGCUAUGCCUGAUUUGUUGCUGCAAGAAGAAGAAAGGAAAUAAGAAGAACACCAGUCAGACAUCAGGCCAGAGCCAGAAUACAGGAUCCACACUGCUGCAGCCUGGUAAUGAUCAUGUUUAUGGCAAUGUUGGGGUGGCAGCCAACACAACCACAGAUUAUUUUGCCGCUGGCUCCAGUGAUGUCACUUAUGCACACGUUAUGUCUACUAAAAAGAAACUGAGAACAAAUGAUGAUUCUGUAGCUGGUUCCAAUGAUACCACUUAUGCACAAGUUAUGUCUACUAAAAAGAAACCAAAGAGAAAAGAUGAUUCUGCCGCUGGCUCCAGUGAAGCCACUUAUGUACAAGUCAUGUCUACUAAAAAGAAACUGAAAACAAAUGAUGAUUCUGCGACUGACUCCAGUGAUGCCACUUAUGCACAAGCUUUGUCUAUUAAAAAGAAACCAAAGAAAAAAUAUGUUGCAGUGACACCAAAUGAUCUGACAAAUUCCCAGAUUGAGAUGAAACACUUGAAAAGCCACAGUGAAGAUGAUGUCAUGUCUGGACCAAGUGAUACAGUUUACUCACAGAUUCAGGAGAAAAGCAAGAAACCCAAAGGCAAAGGUGCCUCUAAAUAUUCAGAAGCUGAACCCAGUGAUGUGACUUAUGCUGAAAUUGAUCUGAAAGACAAACGGGCGAAGGAAAAAAUCAGGGUUAAAGGGAAAAGCAGUGAGGAAGCUGAUUCUGUCUACUCAGAACUGAAGUAG